AUGCUGGAUGAAUUGGAGUUCCAAUAUGCGAGCGAAUGCGACUUUGAAACUCACUGCUCGCCAUUCGGAUUGAGCGGAAUCUUUCUCAAAUUGAGAGGAACAAAUCUUAUCGGGAUUGGGUCCACGAUGGGUCUUAUCACCGGAACAACAGAGGGCCAUAUUUACUAUAACGACAAGCUCGAUUUGGCAAAUCAGAAAUAUAAAUUGUUUGUUGUUGUGACAGAGGAUGGAAAUCUAAGGAUAGACUUCACGAAAAUACACUCUCAGAAGAAAGAUGUGGCAGAAACUGAUCUGAAGAAAGCUGUGGCAGAUAGUGAUCUGCCGUCCGUAGUUUUCAUGGGCAAAUGUCCUGAGGGUCGUCCCGAUAAUAUUGAGCCAUUCAUAGGGAUUUUUUCUUUCGAGAAAGAUGAGUGA